UAAUCGAGUGAGUAGAUUUCAAAUACCGAACGACAAAAAGUGAUUCUUUAGGUCAUAUUUUUACUUUGAAAAUUGACAUCUCAUUAGUAAACUCUAUAACAAAAAGAGAGAAAGUAAUGGAGUUUAGGAGAGAAUGUGAUGAGCCCUGUGAAUCCAUAUCACCAUCAUCAGCAACACCAGAAGUGUUAGAACCGAAUCAUCAAACAAUAAGCUCUGAGCUUGAAGAAAUGCUAUCAGACAAAAGCUUAUCUUUUUUGGUGCGAUUUCGACGUUCAAUCAAAAUCGAAUUGAGUAAUCUCUUGCCUCUGGCAGGGCCGGCAAUUAUAGUUUAUAUGCUGAAUAAUCUCAUUUCUAUCGUCACUCAAAUCUUCUGUGGACGUCUUGGGAGUUUUGAAUUAGCUGCUUCUUCUCUUGGCAACGUUGGUAUUCAAGUCUUUGCCUAUGGUAUCAUGCUUGGAAUGGGAAGUGCAGUGGAGACAUUGUGUGGACAAGCAUAUGGAGCGCAGAGGUAUGAGAUGCUAGGAAUAUACCUACAAAGAUCAACACUCAUCCUUAUGGCCACAGGAAUUCCACUCUUAUUCAUCUACAUCUUCUCCAAGCCAAUCUUGAUUCUACUCGGUCAGAAACCAGCGAUCGCGUCAGCAGCUGCAGUUUUCGUCUAUGGUCUAAUUCCCCAAAUUUUCGCGUACGCAGCGAACUUCUCAAUUCAAAAAUUCCUUCAAUCACAGAGCAUUAUCAAGCCUAGUGCUUAUAUUGCAGCAGCCACCCUGGUUGUUCAUAGCUUCUUUACAUGGCUUGUUGUGUAUAAAACUCGUUGGGGAAUUUUGGGGGCUUCAUUGAUGCUGAGUUUUUCGUGGUGGAUUAUAGUUGUAGCACAGUUUGUGUAUAUUUUGUCAAGUAAAAAGUGCAAGAAGACAUGGACAGGUUUCAGUAUGCUGGCAUUUUCUGGAUUAUGGGAUUUCUUGAAACUGUCACUGGUUUCUGCGGUGAUGCUCUCAUUAGAAUGCUGCUACUAUCAAAUCCUUGUGCUGAUUGCAGGGCGGCUCAAAAAUGCUGAAAUGUCACUGGAUUCUCUUACCAUAUGCAUGCAAAUACUUGGAUGGGUUUUCAAGAUAUCUGUAGGCUUCAGUGCAGCUGCAAGUGUUAGGGUGAGCAAUGAACUUGGAGCAGGACAUCCCAAAUCAGCUGCUUUCUCAGUUCUGAUAGCAACUCUAAGUUGCUUCCUGAUUUCACUAUUUUUUGCAAUCCUUGUUCUUACGUUACGGCAUGUCAUUAGUUACAUUUUUACGGAUGGAAAGAAUGUCGCAAACGUAGUCUCCGGAUUAACGCCCUUCUUGGCAAUGUCAAUCCUGCUCAAUGGCAUUCAACCUGUUUUACUGGGUGUUGCUGUUGGAUGCGGAUGGCAAGCUUUUGUUGCAUAUGUAAAUGUUGGUUGUUAUUACAUCAUUGGAAUACCAGUUGGGUCACUUCUCUGCUUCAAAUGGAACUAUGGAGUCAAGGGGAUUUGGUUAGGGAUGAUUGGUGGGACAACAGUGCAAGCCUUUAUUUUACUGUUCGUCAUUUUUCGAACACAUUGGAAUGAAGAGGUGGAGAAAGCAAAGAAACGUUUGGAUAAAUGGGAAGACAAGAAAGAAUAAUCUUGGUCGUACGUAUUAACAAGUAUUCUGUGUGAUUCACUAUAUUGAUGUGCCUAUGUAAAAUAUUAAAACCAUGAAAUCUGAUGUACGUGGAGCCAAGAUUUCUAAUUAUUUGUAAUAUAUCAUAAUCAAACAUCAUUUGAGGAUAUACUAAUUUAA